AUGUCGCCCAAAACAGACAUAUGGAAAAAUCAACACUUGAGACUUUUCAUCCAACAUCAUUGUCAGCGCACUAGAAUUGAGAGUCUUGAUCUUGAAAUGGAUGGUGGCUACGGAAACUACUCUACCACCUCAUAUGGCGGGCAAGGUGGUAUGGGAGGAGGAGGCUUUAUGCCUGGUGAGAUGAACAGUCCUGCCGGUGGAAGGCAAGGCGAGAACCCAACCCUCAGACCGGUGACCAUCAAACAAAUCAUCGACGCAACCCAAACACACCCAGAAGCACCCUUCCAAAUCGACGGUGCAGACAUAGGAUCCGUCUUCUGUAUCGGCCAAGUUCGUAACAUCUCCACACAAAGCACAAACAUAACCUACAAACUUGACGACGGCACCGGCGAAAUCGAAGCUAAGCAAUGGGUUGACUCGACCACGGCGCGUAUAGAAGACGAUAUGGACGUGGACGGCAAGGGAGUCAAACACAGUACGCGCAAAAAGGUGGAAUUGAAUGGCUUUGUGAAGGUCUUUGGCAAACUCAAGGUGUUCGGGAAUAAGAGGUUCCUCGGAGCGCAUAAUGUGCGACCCGUUUCGGACGUGAAUGAGAUACAUGUACAUUUUUUAGAAGCCACGGCUGUGCAUUUAUUCUUCAAACAUGGCCCUCCUCCAAGUCAGGGCGGUAAUAGUGGCGGAGCCGGUGCCGCCGGUGCCUAUGGUGCUGAUGCUGGUGGCAUGAAAGGCGGAGAUGAUUACAGCGGUGGUCGACCGCUUCCACCCAUGUCGGCAUCGGCGCGACGAGUGUAUAACUUGCUUAGAAACGAACCGCAGAGCAAUGAAGGUCUUCAUAUGCAGAAUAUCUCUGCGAAGUUGGGCUUACCGUCAACAGAGGUCCAGAAAGCGGGCGAUGAGUUGUUAUCAGCGGGGUUGAUCUUUUCGACAAUGGAUGAAUUCACAUGGGCUAUUUUGGAGUUUUAACAUUAGCUUUUAUGCCUGUCUUUCUAAUCUAUGUUUUCGGGGUUCAAUUUAGGUGGGAUCAAAGCUAGAGGUAUUGUGAUCUACCGGCGCUUGUAUGCUGCUACUGUUGAUGAUGAUGAUACUCGAUUUGUAA